UCAAUUCAGAAUUUUAUAGAAUCUAUAUAAAUCUGAUGUUAUUCAAUUAUGACUUUUUAAAAGUCCAUAAAAAUCUGUUGGUAUUCAAAAAGUCAUUAACUUAGAAGGAUUUUAUAAAUUGAUGGAUUUGAUUGGAUUUUGAGACAUUAGAUAUAAAUACUCAAGCCUUUCACAAAUCCAGUCUCCACCCCAAAGAUUUCAUCGGAUUGUAAAACACAAAACAUUGAGUGAGACCCUGCUUUGAGACAGAACGAAGAACGAAGAAUAGACAGACAAACCCAACCCGCUGGAUGAACAGUCGAACAAAACUGGCGAACUGACGGUAACCAAAACAACGAUCUUUCCUGUGGGUUCUCUCCCUGUGCUUCCUUGGUUGAUCUGAUUUUUUGGAUAUUCAUUGUUACAAUGGGAGAUUCACAACGAAAAGGUAAAACUGCAUAUAACACAUGGACCUCACAAGAGAGUAAUAUGCUGUUGGAACUGAUGGUUGAUGCUGCUAAUCGUGGAUGGCGUGAUAAUAAUGGUGUAUUUAGCAAACUAACUGUGGAAAGUAAGAUACUUCCCAAGCUAAAUGAAGCACUUGGAUGUAAUAAAAAUUAUACUCAAUAUCAGAGUCGCUUGAAAUGGUUUAAAACGCGUUAUCAAACAUUUUCUCAACUCAUGUGUUUCAACUCUGGUUUUGGAUGGGAUGCAACCACACAAAGAUUCACUGCCACAUAUGAAAUAUGGGAUAAUUACUUUAAGUCUCAUCCAAACCAGAAACACCUUCGAACAGACACUUUUGCUGACUUUGAGGAUUUAAAAAUUGCUGUUGGAAAUGGAACUGCCAUUGGAAAAAACUCUAUUGGAUUGGGAGAUGAUACAGAUGCAAGAAUUUAUGGACAAGAUGAAAGUACACAUGGUAGGAUAGAUGACUAUGUAUAUGAUGAGAUUAACGAGGUAUAUGUUCCAACUCAACUCGAUCCAUCAUGCCAAGCACCUUCACCCGGACAUAAUGAACCAUCAAUGUCAGAGUUCGAUCCAAAUUUAGAAGUUCCCAUGGAAAAUGUUGUUCAAAGAAAGCGAACUAGAAAUGAAUAUGAAGGAAAUACUCGUUCAUUUGAUCAGAAUGCCACUCGAGUUGAUCUUCUAGAAAAACUUUCUCAUGGUUUGGACUCGAUUGGAAAAAUUGCCACUGAAAUUCGGGGUAUGUAUAACCUAAUGGAGAAAAGGGAAAAGGCAAUUAGUGAAAAGGAGAAAAAGAAUGAUAUUUGGAAUGCUAUUAAGGAAACUCCAAAUUUAGAUAACAUUGGUCACUAUAAAGCACUUGCAUUGAUUCAGAAAAUGGGAGUUAAAGAUGCAUUCUUGAAGAUGUUACCUGAAGAGCGCUCAGAAUGGAUAUCAUUUAAUAUGGAAUGAGUGUUA